AUACCAGAACUGUCUACAUUUUGGACCCUACUCCUAUUGACCCCAUCUAUCAACGCAACCCAUACGCAAAAUAUGUGCCCAGACUUCAAUGGAUUGCUGAACACUUACCGAAAGCCAUGUCAAAGACAUGCCCUGGGUCUACAUGGAAUGAAAAUAUUUUCCUAUGGCACCACCAUAUCAUAAAUAAUAUUCCAAUUCACAACAGGGAAUCGUCUGGUUAUCUUAUUACCCUCUUCAUGUCCGCAUGGGAGGACGAAAAAUUGAAUCUGCCAUUUUCAAAGGAUGGAUACGAGCUAAGCAAACAAAUUUUGGGAAAGCUACUGACAUUCAAGAAAAAUGAAUGCGAAGUCAACAUGCCCGCCGGUGUACUGGAUAUCAUAAACUCUAUAAGGAAUAUCCAAACCAAUAUGAAUGUGAAGACCUGAGGAUGAAAACACAACAAAGACCAAUA